AUGUCUGACUCUGAGGCUGCUGAUCUGUCGAGCAAAUACGUCCUUCAAACUGCUGGCUUUGACGCUCGCUUUCCGAACACCAACCAGACGCGUCACUGCUUCCAGAAUUACACGGACUACUUUAAGUGCGUCGCCGCCAAGGGUGAAGACUUCGCACCAUGCAAACAAUUUAAGCGCGCCUACAACUCAUUGUGUCCUACGAAGUGGGACGAGCAGAGGGAGAACGAAACAUUCCCUGCAUCACUCGAGCCUUGA